AUGCAAGAGAUGAUGCACCGAUUGAACCUCCAUUUCAAUUCGCACUUCACCGCCUCUGCCUCUGCUCUCCUCCUUUACGAGGAGGCAUUGUGCCAGGAUUUUGAUCAAAAAGUGAACACCGCCAACAAGCUCACACAAUCUGGGCAGAUUUCAGAAAACCUGAGUUUGAGUGGUGCUUUAACCAAAAAAGCUGAGGAAAUGGGAAGAUCUGCUCUGUCAGCUUUCAUGGCUAAGGAAGAGGAUAUUCAAACGAGGAAAAUGGAGGUUCAGGAGAGAGUUCUAGCACAGAGGCGUUUGUCCACUGUCCGUGAGGUUGGUAAUCGUAUAAUAAGGAAGAGGAUCCAUGUCCGUGUUGAACAUGUGCAGCCCUCACGCUGCCAUGAGGAAGUCCUGCAAAGGAUCAAGAGAAAUGAUGCAUUAAAAGCGGAAGCAAAAGCUAGAGGGGAAGUGAUAAGCACUAAGAGGCAGCCAAAGGGCCCUAAACCUGGCUUCAUGGUGGAAGGUGCAACUUUAGAAACAGUGACACCCAUCCCCUACGAUGUGGUCAAUGAUCUCAAGGGUGGUUAUUAA